AUGAAGUUGAAGUUUAAAAACAAAUUUGGUUUUGAUGCAGCUGAAAUUGUUGAUGAGUUUACACCUUGUGCAGAUCCCAUGCUCAAUAACUUAGCAGGUGGCCAACCUUUAAUUAAUGAUCAAAGUUUUGAAACAAAUGAAACUCCAAAUUCCAGUCUUGAAAGUCCCUUGGUUCAAAAUGAAUUUGAAGACAUAAAUGUUUCUGAUGUUCAACAAUUCAUCAAAAAUGAAGAAAAUAAAAACACGGCCAAAAAAACUUUGAACGACACCAACAAGUUCAAACGUUUCCUUGCAUCGCGUGGCGAAUACAGAGAAAUGCACCAUAUUGAAGUUGAUGUUCUUGACGACUACAUUUCCACCUUCAUAUUAUCACUUCAAAAAUCCAAUUGCACCGAGUAUGAGCCCACUAGUAUUCGAGGCAUCCUUGGCAGUCUUGACAGAAAACUGAAGAGGCAUCGUUUUCCAUACUCGAUAAUGGCUGGCAGUGGGCCCCAAUUUUCUCUGACUAGACAGACCUAUAAUGCCAAGAAAAAAAGCUUAAAGAAACAGGGUAAAGGGAACAGGCCAUGUGAAGCAGCACCACUAACCGAUGGAGAGCUUGAAGUCAUGUGGCAGAAAGGUGUCCUUGGAUCUCACAGCCCAACAGCGCUGGUGAACACUCUUUGGCUCAACAACUGUCUGCACUUUGGCCUAAGAGGCACUAAAGAGCAGUACAAUCUGAGGUAAUAAAGUUGAAGUUGUCCACAAUCUGAAAAAUGGAAAAAUCAUUUAAAUAGCCAUAAAUAAAAUAGUUAUUAACAUUAUAAACCAGGUGUUGAUUUGUUUUGAUAACGUUUCAAGCACAAAUAUGCCAUGCAUUUGUUUGCAACACUUACAUUUUCCUUAAU